UGUAUAGAUUCUGAAUCUUAUGAAAAGUAGUUUGCAAUGGAUUCAGUCACUUGAUUUACCUUUACGUUUUGUUAUUUUCUUUGGAGUACAUACCAUAGCUGUUGUUGGUUGUUUUCCUGGUACGGUUGCUAUAGAAAUGGCAAUUGGAUUAUCCAUGAAUCUGUAUUAUGGACUUGCUUGUAUUAUUUUAUAUCGUUGGACUCAAAAGAGACUUGAACAAUAUCCACAAGCAAAGAAAUGGAUGGAAGCUGGUAUAAGAACAUAAUAAUAUAUUAUUAAAGGUUUAUUCUUAUUU